UCCGCCCAGUGGGAUUAGUGUCUCUCUCCGUAGCCACCUAAAUAAGUACAUUCUUGGACUGAUUUCUCACACAGCUUCUUCACUCUGAUACAAUGGCUGAAGCACAAAUCCCACUGACUUAUCCGGUUAACACGGAGCAAGUGGUUCAAGUGUAUACCACUACCACUUCCAAAACAGCUCAAUGGAAUUCUAAGGUCAUGGACUGUUGUGAUGAUGUAGGCAUCUGCUUAUGUGGAGCAUUUGUGCCCUGCAUUCUGGCUUGUAAAGUGGCCUCAGACUACGGAGAGUGCUGCUGCCUGCCAUUGAUAGGGGGUGCUUUGCUUGCCAUGCGCACGGGCCUCAGAGAACGAUACCACAUCCAGGGAACAAUCUGCAAUGACUGUGUGUGUCUUACUUUCUGUGGUCCCUGCACCCUUUGCCAGAUGGCGCGUGAGCUGAAGCACAGGAAUUGAAGACACCACCGGCUGGACUGCACUAAGAAGAGAAACCAAAGACAUUAUAGAGAUAAGAUGAAACUCUGCCAAAAUCUUUGUAACUUUCUACACACAAGGGGUCAUUCCGAGUUGAUCGCUCGCUGCCGUUUUUCGCAGCGCAGCGAAUAGGUUACUACUGCGCAUGCGUAUGCAGCGCAAUGCAUCCCAUGUCUCCGAGAUCCCCGGAGGGAUGAAACUGGGGUCCGGGCCGUGAAGCCACGCCCCCAUUUGUGAAGCCAUGCCCCUUAUCCACGAGGUCACACGCCCCAUUUUGCUGGUGUGCGGACCUCCCGCACCGGGUGCCACUUCUACCAGUGACGCCUCUGGCAAUGGGUGCAUUAUAAACUGCCGCAAAACAAAAGGUUAACAAGACACUGCCCAUGUGUAUGAAGAAUAAAUAAUGUGAAUACUUUAUACCUC